CAUUUUGUCAGUGAAAUCAAAUUAUUCUCUAUUGGAAAAAUGGCUUCAAAGGUUAAGCCAUCAACUGCGCUUUUCUUCUCUCUUAACCUUUUCUUUUUUGCUUUAGUAAGCUCUUACAAUGUUGAUAAUAAUCCUAAUGGUUCUUCUUACCCCACAAAAUCUCGGAACCCUGUUGUUAUCCGUCCCGGAUACAAGUUUCCCAACGAUGGUAGCGCUCAAAGCUAUUAUGGUACUUGUAAUCCAUUGAACCUUGGUGUGUGUGUUAAUCUGUUGGGUGGUUUGGUGAAUCUCGACCUCGGCAACGUGCCAACCCAACCAUGCUGCAGUUUGAUCCAUGGGUUGGCUGAUCUUGAAGCUGCGGUUUGCCUUUGCACUGCUGUCCGAGCUAAUAUCUUGGACAUUAAACUCAACCUUCCUAUUUCAUUGAGUCUCUUACUCAAUAAUUGUGGAAGAAGGGUGGCUACUGAAUACAUUUGCGCUCCAUAAAUAUUGUCGUUUUAGAAAAUUUUCUUUGAUUAUUCUUUUAUCGAUUGUUUGUUGGAUUCUCUCUUUGAUUCAUUUCAUAGCACUUCUCGAAUUGUUGUUUUUUUCAUAAAGGAAAGGCUCUUCAACCUUUCCCUUUCAUCUCUUGUAAUAAUUUCUUUACUUCUUGUCUUAAUUUAUUUUUGUAAUAAGGAUGCAUUUUCUAAGCAAUAAAUUAAGAUGUCUAUGAAAAUCCCAAUCAACUAUAA